AUGGUCGAAGUGGCAUGGAACAGAAAUCCUAUCCCGGAUAAUCGGCCCCCAAAGGUUCAGUCCAUACCGGCCUCGAUGCCGGCUCAACCACAGAGCGCUGCGCAAUUCGAGGCUUGUGCGUCGACAGCUUCGCUGUUCUUAUACGCUCAAGGCUCCUCCGUCCUGUGCCUCCACCAUGACACUCUUGCUCUCGAGCGUCGGUUCGAGAAUCACAAGGACGACGUCGUCUUCAUCUCGGUGGAUAAUGUCAGUGAGCGCGGAGCUGGGCGGCUCGUGGUUAGUUAUGAUGCUAGCCGGACAGCGAUCAUCUGGGAUCUCUUUACCGGAAGUGUGAUUGCUCGGUUUGCUUCCUUCGAGGAAUUGAAAGCAGCUGCGUGGAUGCGGAAUGGCAACGUCGCUUUCGGAAACGAAAAGGGCGACGUAAUUCUUUUCGAGCCAUCCACUUCGGACAACGUUUCUUGUCGUACCAUCUUCGACCCCAUCACAGCUUUGGCACCCGCCACCGAUUGCCGAACCUACGCAAUUGGGUACCAAAAUGGAUCAAUUCUAAUCGCUACGUUAUUACCUACGUUUACCAUCCUGCAUACGAUGACCACCUCUCGCGGACCAUCGCCGAUAGUCUCAUUAGCAUGGCACGCAUCGUCAUCGAAACAGAAAUCUGACAUGUUAGCGACAAUGUCUGCCAAUGGAGACCUCAGAGUUUGGAGUGUUGCAAAACCGCCCGGCAAGGAGGCACCGCGGGUAAUUCGCAACCUAAAAAGAUCCGAUGCUUCAUCGUCAUCGGAGCCGAAAUGGAUGGCUUGGUCAAAGAAUGGAAAGAUUAUACAAUACCUGGAUGGUGAAACGUGGGCGUGGGAUGUCAAGACGAAGCACAUUAGCUACGAGCCCAUUCCGACAAUCGACAAUCCCCGCGGAAUUGCCAACUACGGACCAACUGCAGCUCUCUUUACACUCGGCCCUCAAUUCACAGUCCAACAGUAUGAGCUGGAAAACCCAGCAAUGGUAGCUAAUGUACAGCUCCCUCCCACGAACUCCAUGACAGCAGCUCUAGAUCAAAUGCGGGCUCGAACCAAGUCACCGCGGGCCUUGCAAGAUCCUCCGGAAAUGCGCGAGCCAACUUCAAUGUUCGCUUCCAGGCGUACUCCGUAUGAUCAGAGCGGAAUAGAGACGGUAAAACAACAGCGCGAGCAGCUGAGUAGUCCUGGAUCUUCUCGUGGUCGCGCGGCGUCGGUCAGCUCCAAGGCCUCUUCGGACAAGUAUAAGCCGAUUCCAUUCUCGCCUCCAAGCCGGUCCGCACAUACAGCGACCUCAUUCUCAUUAACAUCCGCUGGUGGCGGUAGAGAAACCCCGCAACCAUCCUAUGCGUAUGCUUCAUCAGUUUCGGUGUCGUCAAUGAAGAGCUCUCGGCCUGGGUCACGGUUAAGAAAUGAAGUCCAAUUCAGUCCGGCAGACAAGAACGUUGAUCUGUUUCCUUUUACGCGUGCACGUCUCAACGACGUACCGUAUAGACAUCAUCAGCCUCUCGAUGAGGCCCGUUUGACACCAGACGAUCUACGGCGACAAAUGCUAAGUAUGGUCUUUGGCUGGGACGGCGACAUUGAGGGUUUGAUCAAGGAUGAGCUAUACCGCCAUCCCCCAGGUAGCCCCGCUGCUAUUCUCCUCGCACAGUGGAUAGAAGAGUCAGAUACCGAUCAUAUGGUCUCAAUGAUAAAUAGCGGACCUACCUCGAUCACGGAUUGGAUGCUACUGGCGCUCAGCCAGAUGAAUGGUCAAGCCCAAGCGAACAGGGUCGGACAAGCAUUCGUCCAGAAGAUGCUUGAUAUUGGUGACGUCCACACAGCGGCCACUGUCUUGAUCGGUCUUGGGGAUCGGGACGAGGCUGUUGAGGUCUACGUCUCGCAAAACUACUACAUGGAGGCCAUUCUUAUGACCUGUCUCGUUAUGCCAACCGACUGGCAACGGCAAUCAUAUCUCGUCCGUCGGUGGGGAGAGCAUGUGGUAGCUCACUCGCAGCAACAGCUGGCAAUUCGCUGUUUUAUGUGCACCGGAGUUGAGCCGUCUGAUCCAUGGGCAUCGCCAGCAGUCCAUCAAGCGAACUUUGGCGAGAUCAUUCCCGGACGAUCCCCUCUCGCGUCACCGGAGCCGUUUCAAAACCCGGCUAACAUGCUGCAGCCAAACGUGCAAUCAAAAUCACCAGUAAACAGCCGGAACUCUCUCAAGGCUCCGUCGCUCAAGCUGAUUACCUCCUUCGACGGCCAACCGAACCAGCGGUUCCGCUUCCCCGGUCUCAAGUCCGAUGAUCGCACGCCCACAAAUGCUCCUGGAGUUACUCCGAUUGCUGAGUCUGUUGCGGGAGGUUCCGCAAUCUCGCCUGGAGGAUUCGGCUCGUAUAAGCUCAACAAUAUCCAGAGCCUUAACAAUGCCAUGAACUCUCGAUCGAAUACUCCCGGGUACCCUAAGCAGCGGUUACCGUCUAUUGGAGAAACGCCUGUCGAUGUUCAUCCGCCCACCUUCCUGUUCAAGGAGCAGCCCAAGAAACUAGUCGACUACGGAUCAACGUCGGAAAAUGAUGACACCAGCCAAGGUCAGCCUCCAGAGCAGGAAGAGGAUCUUGGUUUGCUGCCGUCGGCACGAUACGAACCUGAUGAGGCGUUCAAACCGAGUCCUCAGACAGCCGUACAGGCUACCGCGGACAAGUUCGCGAACAUCAAAGGCCUGCCAUCUCCAACCCCGGGUAUCUUUGAGGCUCUGAGAGAGCGAUCUGAUAGCCGGCUUAGCGCCAGGGACAGGAAGCCAGAUGGGCUCCAACUGCACUUUCGGCCCGGCGAAUCCUCGCACGACGAAAUGAAUCAAUCCGACACGAUGACUGCUAGCUUUCGAAGUCCUCCAUCGACUGCAAACAGUUUUAGCACAACUAAAAGCCCUAGCGUUAGCGGCCGAAGUAUCGAUCAGUACAUCAGCAGCUUAGACGAGGCGAGCUACCAUGCACGAAAGCAGCAUCGCCGUGGACGACGAAACACAGACGAAUCGAACGUCUUGAGUUCACGGAAAACCAAGAGUAGGACUGCAUCCAAUGAUACCCGCGGCCGAAACGAAAAGCGUUACGUGCAGCCUGCUAAGCGAUCUCCUUCGUCUCCGGUUCCUAUGUCUCCGGAGGAACUGGCGUCAUACAGUUCCAAGCAACCCUCGAAGGCUCGAAGUACUAGUAGAGUGCGCAAGCCGCGCUCGAGAAACUCGUCGGAACGUCGCAACAACCGCUCUACAAGUCGUCACACUUCCGGUCGCGUUGAUGACCCGUCCACCCGUGGACGCAGCACCGACAGAGGGCUGCGGAACGUUUCCCCGCCAUCUCCAGUCCCCAUGACUAACCCGGAAGACGCUCUGAAGUUUGUUGCCGGAGACAGAGAAAGGAGAACUCGCCAGCGGAGUAGAAGCCGACGUCCUUCCGCCUCGAGACGUGAGCCCUCUGCUGACGGACGCCGAACCCGACCUGGAUCUCGUACCCGCCAGGAGUCUGAUCCCAAGUCGACUACGGAGACCGAAUUUAGAGUGCCUUCGACCAACGACUAUGUCCAGAUAGAUAUACCGGUUGAGAACCCCCAGGAAACUCAAGUACAAUCCGUCGAAGAGGUCAUGGACAUUCCUGCGCCCAUCCUCUCCCCUUCGACAGUUGCUGAGAUGAGGAGGAAGGAGCUCGCAGCCGCUGAGCUCGAAGCACGUCGACUCUCGCUUGCGCGUAAUCCGUCGGCGCCUAAUAUCCCCUUUCCUGGCGAGAUCCAGUAUACCCGUGGUAUCCUGGAGAGUCCUCCGUUUCACGUCCAGUCUUUCACACCCCGUACUCCAGGGCGGAGCAUGAUUCCUCCAAAGACCUCGCCGGACUAUCCCAGCAGCUCUGACUCGAACUCGUCCAGGGCAGGCGUGCCGCUAGGACUGCCGGCGACACCUAGGGCUAUGCGCCAUCCGAAGUACAGUGGACCUUCAGAGAGCGAACCCAUGCCACCUCCACCACCUCCUCCCCCAAGCGCUCCCCCGCAAAUCGACCACGCUCCACUGCUACUCAGUGAUGCCAGAUACCAAGGUGAAGCCGAGCGAAUCCCUCGCUCAAUGUCAGUCCCCGUACCAGAGGCCCAACCGCCCAGCCGACAUGUAGAUAUGCCCAUGCAUCCGCACUUCAACCCAAACCUCCCACGCAGUCGCUCAUCGGAUCGCAACCGGGCCAUGCAACACCGCCGGAAGAGCUCACGCGAACUGUCGAACGGCGGGAACUACAAUUACGGCACCUCGCCUGUGACAGUGAGUAUUGAGGAAACAAUGGAGAAGGUGAUGCCGCCAAUUCUCCCUGAGCUGCAGCACCUCAACACGCCUCCGCCGCCUCCUCCGAUCCCGGCCUCCACGACCUCUCGCGAAUCGUCGGGGACAAUCGACAUCGCCAUUGACAAUGAAGGCCUUGGCCGCCUCCUUCCCCGCGCCAUGACCGCCGGUCCGGCACUUAGCACCGAAUCCAAACCAACAAUCAUCCGCCGGAUGUCGCUCGAGCACCGCCGGAACCGCAGCGUCAACGAGUCUUUGAGCUCGAGAAUUCGCAACCUCACUCGCCGGAGCAGCCGUGGUUCUGAUGCAUGGGGAUCUCCCACUGACAACCGUGGUUCGUACGACGGCGUGCCUGUGACUGAUGGUGGCCGUAUAUGA